AUGGUUAUAUUAUUCCCAGCAUAUUUAGAACAACCAAAGUAUGUGGAGCAUAAAUUAUGCCACUACCAACAGUGUUACAAUUGGGAUUGUGGAAUUGCCAGUGUUAUCAUGGUGCUGUCUGCAGAACAGAGGGACUUUAUGCAAAAGAACUUUAUCAAAAUAUGCCAGGAUGAAGGAUUACAACAGUCAACGUGGACAAUAGAUCUUUGUUAUUUAUUGAAAAGAUUUAGUAUUGAACACUGCAUGUACACUACAGUAAAAGGUGUGAAUAAUAGGCAAGCUAACUAUGAUAAAAUAGAAUACCAGGAGCGCAAACGUGUAGAAGGACGUUUUGCACAUGCUGAUGAUGCCGGAAUUUUAGUACACCAAAAGGAAUUAACUGUGGACGAAAUUCUCUUACAUGUAGAGACUCGGGGUCCUGCUAUCGUUCUCAUCGACGCAGCGCUGCUCGCUUGCGAUCUGUGCAAGCAUAACAAAUUACGAGCAGAGUUCAGACGCGCUUUUGGCGGUGCAUACCGUGGUCACUACGUGGUCGUAGUGGGCCGUGGUGGUGGUAAAAUAUUAUAUCGCGAUCCAGCAUUGGACCCGCGCCUUUGUGCUACUUCACCUGCUCGCCUGCAUGCCGCUCGUCGGGCUCCCGGCACUGAUUUCGAUGCUAUACUUAUUUUUAGAAACUAUAGAUAG